AUGGGCGGAAAUGCGUUCAAUCAGACUCUUUCCUCUGCCAUCUUCCCUCGCAUGUCACCUGAAUGCUAUCAGACCCUGAAAGCUGCUCUCCUUCCCUACGUUCAGCCACUUUACGAAUUAGUCGCCGUCCCAAACGAAGCUCCAGGAAAAGCCGAUCAUGGCGAUAUUGAUUUUGUGGUUGCUCAUCCCAAACCUGGGACCUCCUUGGAAUUAGUGAGACAAGCGUUGAAGGCGACUCAUAGCCUGCUGCAGGAGGGGAAUCGCACCAGCAACUUCGCAGUCUCGACUACUGCCUUUGAUCAUGUCUAUCGUGCAUCUGAGCAUGGUAGAGAUGACUUUGAAACAUUUUACCAGGUUGACGUGAGCGUAUGUGCGGAUAAAGGAGAGUGGGAGCGCACUGUGUUCUUACAUUCAUAUGGAGACCUUGGCAUGAUACUGAGUGUACUUGCGCGAGCCGCUGGUCUUUCUCUUAGCGUGCACGGGUUGAAGCUCCUCGCUCCUCUCCCUACGAGUCCUCCAGUGACCUUUUAUCUGUCAUUCUCCUUAUCCCAGAUUCUCGAGUUCUUCGGGCUUUCCCAGGACAGGUGGACAGAAGGUUUUGCCACAGAGCAAGAAAUAUUCGAGUGGAUCGCUUCUUCUGUUUUAUUCCGUCCGCAUACAGUCGCACCCGCGGACAACGGCCACACGGCGGGUCGAAACGGUCGGAAGGUGCGAUUCAUGUAUCAGAAUUUUCUGGCGUAUGCUCGCGACCUUGCUCAUGCGAGGCCGGCCGCGGCACAGCCGAGUGUCGUAGUCAGCCUUUCUGAGGGGGUGGCUCGGUCUCCCAUACGUGCUGGCAUCACCGCGGACGACGCGCUCCGUUUCUUCAGAAAAGAGGCGGAACAUGCCGCCCUCAUUCGGUCAUCAGAUAUCAAACAACACGCGAGGGAGGUAUUCUCCGGUAAACUCCUCGAGGGAUGGACGGGCAUGCGCGGGCUGCCGGUGAAGUGGCUGAUGGAUACGGCACGAGAGCGGUUGGAGCAGGCUCACGCGCAGACUCGUCCUGAGGAUUACAGGAAGGACGUUUCGCAAACCGUAAUUUUCGGCCAUGACCUCCUUGGGAAGGAGCCGUUCGUCGUCUCCUCCUGGGAGCUCGCUCUGUGGUCGAUGUCUAUGUCCGAGGUACGUUCUUUCAUUCUGCAGAUUCAGGAUGACAUGACACGAGCUGGUACCUGUGAACGGAAUUGGGAGAAGGAGCGAUCUCGGAAGGCUAAGAAACAGGUGUUAUGA